GAGGACCAAUACAGCCAACGACAGAGAAAGAGAGAGAGGGAAGGGAAGGCAGAGAGACUCAACAAGAGAUGAGAUCGAGUAAGCACUUCGGAGUUGGGAAAACAUCAGCAGGAGCUGUAAGAGAAGUCAUACAGUCCCCGUACUUGGAAGCAGAGCGAUUUUAGUCACUGCGUGAAGAAUGUGAUUAGCGGAGUUAUAUGAGGGACUUUUGUCUGGAGUCAGCUAAUAAUCUAAGAAUUCGAUGUCUGGAACUGGAAUGAGGGGGUGUGUUGGUGCGUAAUGGCGAGAUGUGCGGGGGACUUGCUGAUUGAAGACUGCCUGUGCUUGCACCCUCUCUGAAACAGCCUACUCCAGAUCAAACUGCACUUUAUUAAGCUCUUGUUCUUGCUCUGCAGCCGAAAACUGGAUCUCCUUACUGUUGUUCUUCGGACUGCAUGCACGCGCGUGCAUUUGUGCGUGUUAACCAAAAUGACAGGAUGCUGACUUUUUGCUCCAACUUGUGCUUCUUGCAGAGUCUGCUGCAGCUGGCUCUGCUUUGAUUUAAAACGCCAACCUGCCCUGAACAGGACGUCAGAACUGAGACAACCACAUCUGAAACACUACUGAACGCCAGUAUCACGCUCAUGUGGUAGAAUAUUCCAAGAGCACAGGACUGAGCCUGCUCUCUCCAUGUCCGGGAGCAUCCUGAAGGAGCAAUGAUUUGUUCCCAGGGUCUGCCCAGCUCUCUUCUGCUGAGCUUACUCCUGCUGCAUCUGGCUGGGGAGGGUGCCUCCGCCAGCAGCUGUCCUCUUUCCUGCCUCUGCGCCUCGGACAUCCUGAGCUGUGUGUCCCAAAACAUGGAUCGGAUGCCCUCCAGCUUGCCCGUGUCAACUGCCACCCUGGAUCUCAGUCACAACCGGAUGGUCCACCUAGAAGAUGGGGGAUUCCUGGGACUGCCACGCUUGCAUACCCUGAGGCUGGCCCACAACCGCUUGACACAGAUCGCCCCGGGGGCCUUUCGCAAUGCCAGCGGGCUUCGACACCUGGAUCUCUCAUCUAACGAGCUGCAAGUGGUGGAGCAGUACUACUUCCAGGAGUUGUGGGGCCUGGAAGAGCUCCUCCUUUUCAACAACCGCAUCACCCGUGUGGAGAGCAAGGCGCUGACCAGCCUCCCCAACAUGCACAAGGCCUACCUGAGCCUGAACCGCCUCACUGACUUUCCCUUCUUCUCCAUCCAGAAACACAGCCACCCCUUCCUCACGACCCUGGACCUAUCCUCCAACCGCAUGUCAAAGCUGCCCCUGGAGGAAAUUUCGGCCCUCCCGGCCUCGGUCCAGAAAGGCCUCUUCCUGCACAAUAACACUCUCAUCUGUGAGUGCGGCAUGUAUGGGAUGUUUCGCCACUGGGAGCAGAAAGGGUUUAUCUCAGUCAAGGACUUUCAGGAGGAGCACACCUGCCUGGUGUAUGGUGAGCGGCGGGCAUCAGUCCGCUUUUUCCGCCACACACGCUUCUUUGAGAACUGCACUCUGAAAGCACAGGGGCUGCUGGGGGAGCCAGAGGCCAGCACGAAAGCUUUUGUUGGGGAACACGUGCUGCUGAAUUGCCAGACAUCCCUGCAAGGGCAGCACCUCUCCUAUUUGUGGGUCUCCCCCCACAAGGAGUAUAUUGCUCCUCCCGGCAAUAAUAACACACUGCGCAUGUUUGUCAAUGGAAGCUUGGAGAUCCGUGAGGCACAGGCUGAGGACUCAGGAGUGUAUGUCUGCAUGGCUCUAGACAGCCAGUUGCUGCGCAAUGAGACAUGGGAAGUGAAUGUGACUGUGGCCCUAAGGCGUUACGAUGCCGAGUCCUUCAACACGGGACUUACCACCCUGCUGGGAUGCGUGGUCAGCCUGGUGCUGGUGCUCAUGUACCUCUACCUGACCCCCUGCCGAUGCCCCUGUCGUAAGCACCUGCCUGCAGCCCCCAGUCCUGCCAAUGAGUGCAGUGCCCAGUCCUCUAUCCUCACUGCUACCCCACCUGCAACUACUGAGGGGCCAGGGCGAAAAGCCAGUGGGCACAAACAUGUGGUCUUCCUGGAGCCCAUCAAGGAGGCACAGAAUGGGCGGCUGAGGGUGGCGCUGGGGCCGGAGCAUCCCAAGAUACAACACCUGCGAGGGGAUACUGACUCUAUAACCUCUGUAUUCUCCGACACCCCCAUUGUGCCCUAGCAAACCUGGGACUAUCCCCCUUGGCUUAAGGGGUGAGCACCCCUAUCCUAAAAGCCAGUCAUCUCCUUCCUGUCAGAUCUGCUUCAGAGCAGAAAUCACUGUGUCCUGCCCUGGAAGGAACCGGAUCCUCUCUGGGACACCUUGUUCACUGAGGAAGAAUGUUUCACCAACAGCUCAGCUGGCUAUUAACCAGGGCUGUGGACUUCUAAACUGCAUGAAACUAGAACUGGAGAUCUAGAGGAGAUGUGCUUAUAAGAAAUGGUAGAGCUGACCUUCUUUAGCACUGCUUAGGGCUGUAGUGAACAAUAACUACUGAUGCCUUGUUAUAACAAUUAACCCUUAAAUGAUAAACAAUUAAGGACUACCUAAUGCAAACCUGAUGUCCGAUUGAGCCAGUAACAUCUCAGGUGUUUAUAAGCAGACAACUACUAUAAAGUAUCUCCAUCUGAAUCCUUGAUUAGGUCACCAUGUAGACUACCUUUGAAAACAAUAGACAAAAAUAAAAUACUUAUACUGUAGUUUGAGUCCCAAUAUCAUGAACUGAAGACAAAAAAACAAAGUUAAGAUCUGCAAUCUACCAUGGGACUACAGAAGACUUCAUCUGUAUGCAGCUGGGACUACAACAACAUUGACGGAAAGGCCUGAUUAUUAACUUGAUCUCUUGGCCAAUACGGAAAAUUACAUUUCAGUAAACUCUGCAUCACUUGACUUAAAGAUUCUGUGAGCUAAGGAAAAUUCAACUGCAGAAAACACAGAAAAGCAAGAAGAAGAGGAAAUACAGAAGAAAGCUUUCCUUGUUGGAAUACUAUUUUCCUAAUCUUCCCCCUUCUUAAUCACUUAAUAAAUCAUUCUGCUUUGACCCUUAAGGUAAA